AUGGCCUCAAAUUCCGUCAAGCUGCUGACUGGCAACAGCCACCCCGAGCUUGCCAAUCUCGUGGCUGCCCGUCUCGGCAUCGAAUUAACCAAGAUCAUGGUGCUGCAGUACUCCAACCAGGAGACCAGUGUCACUAUUGGUGAAAGUGUGCGAGACGAAGAUGUCUUCAUCUUGCAGUCAACGCGCCCAAAUGAUAUCAACGACGGUCUAAUGGAACUUCUGAUCAUGAUCAAUGCCUGCAAAACUGCCUCCGCUCGCCGGAUUACUGCCGUCAUCCCUAACUUCCCAUAUGCUCGCCAGGACAAGAAGGAUAAGAGCCGAGCUCCCAUUACCGCCAAGCUCAUGGCCAACAUGCUGCAAACUGCCGGUUGCAACCAUGUCAUUACCAUGGACCUGCACGCGAGCCAGAUCCAGGGCUUCUUCAACGUCCCUGUUGACAACCUUUACGCCGAGCCAAGUAUCCUGAGGUGGAUUCGUGAGAACUUGGAUGUUAGUAAUUGUAUCAUCGUCAGUCCUGACGCUGGUGGUGCUAAGCGGGCCACUGCCAUCGCCGAUCGCCUAGACCUCCAAUUCGCCCUGAUCCACAAGGAGCGAGCCCGCCCCAACGAAGUCUCCCGCAUGGUCCUCGUCGGUAACGUCCAGGACAAGAUCGCCAUCAUCGUCGACGACAUGGCCGACACCUGUGGCACCCUCGUCAAGGCUGCCGACACUGUGAUGCAGCACGGCGCCAAGGAAGUCAAUGCCAUCGUCGUCCACGGCAUUCUCUCGGGCAAGGCCAUUGAGAACCUGAACAGCAGCCGUCUGAGCCGCCUGGUAGUGACCAACACGGUGCCCCACGAGGAGAAGAAGGAAGCUUGUGAUAAGAUUGAGACUAUUGAUAUCAGCCCCACACUUGCGGAGGCCUGUCGCCGCACUCACAACGGCGAGUCCGUCAGCUUCCUCUUCUCCCACGCUGUUUCAUAA